UCAAUCUCAGGGAAAAUGCCAUUUCACCUUCUUCUGAAUGAUAUACUAAUAAAAAUAUACAAUAAAAAUAAGGUCAAAGGCAUUAAGCAGAACCCCCUCCCCUCCCUGGAGGCGGGGAUUUGUUCUACAAAGCCUUCUGUCAUGCCAGUGGCCAACUAGAGUUUUUUUUUUCCCCUGUGACAUGGGCUUUAGUUGCAGUGGAAAGGAAAUGUGUCAUCUGUGGUUAGUGGAAAGCUAGUUGUACAUAUCCUUUUUUACUGAAGAUUUACUUUUAGGUUCAUAUUCUACAAGUCUAUUCUGCUUUGAAUUACUUGGAAACUGUGCUUCAAGACAAGAAAAGAAGUGGCUUAUUAAAAUCAGUUAAUAAUAAGAUUGUGACCAAGCAUUUUGUAAGAUUACCAGCACACUCACGGACAUGGACCACACGGGGCACUACCUGCAUCUUGCCUUUCUGAUGACAACAGUUCUUCCUUUGUCUCCUGGAACAAAAGUAAACUACACCCAUCUGUGGGCUAAUAAUACUACUGUCUGGGAUCCAGAUACUGAGAAUAAGACGGGCAGAAGCCAAGAUGAAAACAUUAACACAAACCCUACAGUUCCUGAAGUAGAUAAAGAAGGUAAUUCUACAAACAUUCCUGAAAUAGCAACAUCAUCUCCCAUCGUGUCUGUAACUCCUAAAUCUGAACAGGAGCUUUAUACUUCCGUUGUCAGGAAGAGUUCUCCAACAGUACAGAGCAUUGAAAACACAAGCAAAAGUCACAGUGAUAUUUUCAAAAAAGAUAUCUGUGAGGAAAACAACAACAAAAUGGCUAUGCUAGUUUGCUUAAUUAUAAUUGCAGUGCUCUUCCUUAUCUGUACCAUUUUAUUUCUAUCAACUGUGGUUCUGGCAAACAAAGUCUCAUCUCUCAGACGAUCAAAACAAGUAGGCAAGCGUCAGCCUAGAAGCAAUGGUGAUUUUCUGGCAAGCAGUGGUCUAUGGCCUGCUGAAUCAGACACUUGGAAAAGAGCAAAACAGGUCACAGGGCCCAACCUAAUGAUGCAAUCCACUGGAGUGCUCACAGUUACCAGGGAAAGAAAAGACGAAGGAACUGAAAAACUCACUAACUAACAGAUGCUUUAGUGAAGCAAGAUGCAAAACAGUACUGAGAAAGUUCUUGGAAAAAAUGAAGUCAGUCUGAUAUUUAAUGCCAGUAUGUUGAUCUGAUGGUCUAAAAGUUGACAUGGCAGGCCUUGCAAUUUAGAGUCAAGCAGGUAAGAAGGAGAGAAGUUUGCCUGCUUAAUUACUUAAACCAUGCACUUUUGUUCUGACGCCAACUAUUUAAAAGGCAAAUAACAAAACAACCAAACAUUUGAAGAAGUUUUGAAAGAGGAGUUGAAGGAAAUGACUAACAGAGGUAGAAAGGGACAAUAAAUAUUUCCUGUUCAGCAACAGGAGUUAGAUGAUCUCCGUUCGGAUGUAAUUAUACUCUGAAGAGUGUAAUUCUACUUUGAAGUGUGUCGUCAGAGAAAAGUAUAUGCUUUAACAUCUAACAGAAGUCACAUUCCUAAUGCAUCGAGUGGGAACUGUAUAGUUAAAUGGUACUUUCUUUGCUGAAUGUGACAGAAUCCAUACCAGCUCAUACAUCAACACAGCUAUGCUAUCUUAUGCUAGAUGUUUUCAUCCUUACAUAUGGCACACAGAAGAAAGUGUUUUUCUACUAUAAAUAUUUAAUUAAAACUUUAAAAUUUGUAUAAUAAAUUAUGACUCGUUAGAAUAAAACUAUGUAUAUGUG